AUGGCAUCGACCGACAAGGGCACGAUAUCACAGCCAGAGACGCUGCAAGCUGCCAAGGCCGAAAAGCAUCCACAUGCACCACGACGAUGCUUCAUCUGUUUGACAGACGAUGACCCCUCGGAUCCCCCAGGCUCUUGGGUUGAUCCCUGUCCCUGUACCCUCGAGGCGCAUCAAGAUUGCAUGUUGUCGUGGGUCACAGACUGUGAACGUAAUAAUAAGCCGCUGCAGUGUCCCGUAUGCAAAUCUACGAUUGAGAUGGAAGGGGCGUGGGACAUGGUUGUCGCACUGAACGAGGCGGUAAGGAACCGCUUCACAAGAGCAAGCCCACUUAUUCUCUUUACGGGCGUGUCUAUGGGCGUACAGUUCAGCUUACAGAUGUAUGGCGCCCUGGCCCUCUGGUCAUUUGCUGGAAAAGACACGAUGAUGCGGUUCCUGCUUGGCCCUGAAAUGGUUAUUGACGCAAGGAGUGCUGGGGGCGUGCGAUUUCUACGAGAGCGCAUAUGGAACGCUCUGGUCCUGAUGAAUGUUGCGCCGACGCUACUGAUCAGCCGACUGCUGCCCAACUUAAGUAACAAAAUAUUUCUGCCUUCAGCAUCCCUGUAUGGCAUGUAUCAAAUCUUGCACGACGAUACUUUCCUCAGUUGGCCACCGUCCCCGCGACUUGCGCUGGCCGUAUUCCCCUACGUACGGUCGCUUUACUAUAACUUUUGGCGAGAGUUUGUCCUGCCCUAUGAGAUCAAGUUGAACAGAGAGAUUAUCGGGCUUCCGCCCAUUCAACAAAAUGAGGGACAACAAGACGCCAAUCAACGCCGCCAAGCUCAGCGCAAUCAAGAAGGCGGCUUGGCUGGCCUGAUGCAAGGUAUUCUCGAUGCUCUCGAUAUGGACGAAGAAGAGGAUGACCCGCAGUUCAACGACAUUGAGAUCAUGGAUGGAGAAAUAGAUGCCAAUGGAAAUCCAGAUGCGGAUGCUGAGCUUAUGAUCGAGCUUCGCAUCGAGGAGUUGAGAGAGGGCCAGGAGCCGAUACCCAACAGAAACGAAAUUGGCGGAGAGUUACACGACAAUGAUGAUGGAGAGCAGCAAGGUGGUCAGGCGCAUGAACCUGCAAAUCGGGCAGAUGGAGCCGAACCAGCUCAGGCACGAGGAGAUGAAGGGGUCCAAGAGAACGAAGUCGCGAAUGCUGCCGAGGGUCAGGUCCAAGUUCACCACGAAGUUCCGCAAGCCCCUCCAGUGCGGAGGGUGGGCUUGGGUGCUCUUUUGUCGGGCAUAUCAAACGCUGUGGUCGGAGCCCUCAUCCUUCCCGGUGUUUCCUUCGCCAUGGGAGAAGCGCUUCGGCUUGCAUUGCCCAAGACAUGGACAUCUUCCGGCCCGAGGAGUACUUGGACGCCCUAUUCUGGUGCUACUGGGCGGCCAGGCUUGCUCCAACAACAGUGGGGACGAAGUUUAGUUGGCGGGUGCCUGUUCGUGGUUUUGAAGGACGUCGUUCGAGUUUAUGCCAAGUCGAGGCGGGUGGCAGCGUUGAGUAGCCGACGAGUCAAGAAUGUUGACAGAAAGCGCGGGGAGAAGUAG